AUGUCUGGCACAAACGAAGAUGUUGAGUUCAACUUAAAAGUAAUGAUAAAUAAACAGAAAACCAAAGUACUAUUUGCAGAAAUCGACAGCGAUUUUGCGGAUGUUUUAAUUAGCUUUCUAACAAUGCCAUUGGGAACAAUUGUGAGAGUUCUGAAGAAGCACUACGGAGAGGAUCAAGAGACACGUGUCAAUAUCGGAAGCUUAACCACUUUGUACGACGGCUUAUCAAAUCUGGACAUUGACCAUUUCGGGACAGUGGGUUGUAAGAAGAUUCUACUCAACUCAAGAAGCUCAUUUGAAGCUGAAUGUUGUAAACUGAAAAUUGAUAUUAUCAGACAUUCUAGUGCCGUCAGUUACCUUUCUUGCGAAGACUGGAAUUGCAAAUAUCGACGGUCUAAGAUAAGUACAGCUAAUAUUACCGGUACAUGCCGUUGUGGAAAAAGUCUGAACAGGGAAGUUGGUUUUUUAGAGGAGUCCGAAGUUGGUGGUGAUGGCACUGCAGAAGUUUUCGCCACUAAGAAAACGACUUUCUUGAUCUCUGACAAUCUGAGAAUGGUGCCGAGUGUGGCUGUAUCAAUUAUGCAAACUCUCACAAAUCUUGGCAUCACUGACACCGGUGGCGCUGAACUAAGGACUGUGACUUUUGAAUUUAACGAGAUUAUGGAUUUACUCAAGGGAUCCUUACUCUCACGGACUCCACUAUCGGACAUCAUACUCGAAAAAGGACGUGUAGUUGACUUUGGAGGCACACAAAACUCGGAACUAGGAGUUAUCUUAAACAAGAUGAAAAACGAAGAAACUUCUAACCCUAAGAAGAUGAUUUUGAGAUUGAUGGUGCAAAAAUCGAACAAUAAGUUAUUGUUUGCGCAAGCUGGGGAUGAUUUUGUGGAUUUCCUAUUUAGUUUUCUCACCAUUCCCAUAGGAGGAGUUGAGUGCCUUUUAGGCGGUAAAACUCGUCUUAAGAGUAUAGACAAUUUAUACAACAGCAUAGCAGAUAUUGAUGAUAAGUAUAUGGCUACUAGAGAUAUGAGAAACAGGAUAACGGACCCGAAGCUACCGCGCGGGUAUAUCUCGGCAAACCAGAUUCUUCCAUUGAGUGAACAAACUCUUGUAUAUUACCAUCAAGACUUCAACAACAAAAAAGAAUGGUUCUCGUAUUCCGGUCGAGGUGGUGGACAAAUUCAUGAUAUGCUAUUUAUCAAAGGCGGAGGAAAUUAUGUUAAACAAGGACUAACGAUGUAUACGGUGAGUGAUGAUUUAACUGUGACUCCUUUGUGUAUGACCUCUAGCCUUUCGAUUCUGAACGAGAUGAAAAUCCCUUUAUCUGAUGUCAAAGAAGUCGAGGUGCAAAUUGGAGUAGAAGAGGCUUUAAGCAUAUUGAAGGCGUCUCUUACAUCGACUUCUGCUCUAACCGACAGUCUGAUGAAUAAUUCCAUGUUAAAGAAACAACCUAAGCAAGAACACUAG